CGCCCGCCCCCUCUCCCCGCCGAACUACACUUCCCGGCGAGCCCUGCGCCGUUCCCGUGGCGACGGGGAGCUGGGACCGGGCCCUGAGGAGCCAUGUCCAAGGCCAGUGGAACUUUGUGGGAUCUUGCUAUAGCUGAAGUGGAGAAGAGAGAAAACCCUGACGAUGACGGCAAGCGUGUGGAAGUUUGGGAAAAAUCAAUAUUAUUUAUGGGAAACAAAAAUGGGGGAAAGACCACUAUUAUACUGAGGUGCCUUGAGAGGGAAGAGACUCCAAAGCCAACAUUAACCUUGGAAUAUACUUUUGGAAGAAGGGCAAGGAGACACAAUGCACCUAAAGAUAUAGCUCAUUUUUGGGAACUAGGUGGUGGAACCUCAUUACUGGAACUGAUACGAAUACCAAUCACUAGCAAUAACAUAAGGUCAUUUGCUGUAGUGCUUGUAUUGGAUCUGUCCAAGCCUGAUGAACUCUGGACUACUAUGGAGAAACUUCUGCAGGCCACCAGGAACCACGUGAACAAAAUUUUAACCAAACUAGAGAAGACAAAUCCUGAAGUAGCUACUGAAAUUAAACAGAGGAUGUGGAAUAGUCUGCAGAGGGAUCAUCCAGAUUAUGAAUUAGUUGACCCUUUUCCAAUACCCUUGGUGAUAAUUGGAAGCAAAUAUGAUAUUUUUCAUGACUUUGACUCUGAAAUGAGGAAAAUAAUAAGCAAGACACUUCGAUUUGCAUCACAUUAUUAUGGAGCAUCAUUAGUGUUUACCAGUAAAUCUGAGGCUCUCCUUCUGAAAGCCCGUGUUCUUAUUAAUCACUUGGCAUUUGGCUGUGAUAAAAGCAGGUCAGUAUCAGUGGAUCACAGCAAACCUCUAUUUAUACCAGCAGGCCUGGAUUCACUGAGCCAAAUAGGACCGCCACCUGCCUCUGAUAGUGAUAUUGGAAAGAUGCGUGCAAACACACCGUUGGAACUAUGGAAAAAAGUAUUUGAGAAAACAUUUCCUCCGAAGAGUUUCUGCGAUUUACAAGACACCAAGGACCCUGCACAGGAUUUACAAUACGUUGAGUAUGAAGUUGAUGUCAUGAGAGCUCAGAAAAACCAGGAACUUGAACAGUACAAAAGAAAUGCCUCUAAAUCCUGGAAAGAAAUGGAUUUUGACCCUGACUGAUGAGCUGCUAUAGGAGUCUUCAGUUUAACGUUUACAAAAUUACUUUAAUAUUUUUAACAUUACACUAGCAAUUUAAUCUGAUGCUGUUGAAAAUAUACAAUAUCAAACUACAAAAUUAACACUUAUUAAACAUCCCUGUUAUUAUUUUUAAUAAAAAUAGCUGUUUAUUAAUUCCAUUCAGAUUUAAGCGUAUCUUGGUACUGACACAGUUUUAAGAAGUGGGGAAAAAGGAGUUCUAGACUGUUCAGAGAUGGGUUUGAACACAAAGACUGGCAAGAGUCAGUUCUACCUAUUUUAUAACUUAUAACACAAUAUUUGAUUUAUUCUUUAAUGCUUCCACCCUGACUAUGUAUUUAAAUAUAAACAAGUUUUCGCACCCAAAAUAUGAAACUGCAUAGUAAAGUAUGCUAGGCAUUCCCUUCCUAGUUCCUUGCAUAUAUAAAUGAAAAGCAAAGCUUAAGAAUAUAUUUGCAUCAUCAUUUAAUGCAUUUGAAUAGGAUACUUCCACAAAAACUGGUAGAAUAAAAUAAAAUUAAAACCAGGUUUAACCUGCUCUAAAAUUCAGAAUUUUGCUUUAUCUCUGUUUCAGUAUCAUACAGUUUAAUACAGGAAUUGUUUCUUGCACUGUAUAAUACAGAAUUCAGAAGACAGUAUUUCAAUAUCUGAAAUAUUAGGAAGCCAGUCUAAUCAAUUUGGCAGACAUCUGGUUUGUGGUGGAAGUAUAACUGAUUCACAUGCAGCCUAAGCUGGUGAAAUGCUAGCCUAAACUGGAAUUGGCUUUUUGUCCAUGGGCAUCCUCACUAUUGUGAGGUGUCCUGAGCAUUCUGAGACUAUGCAGGACCAGACCUAGAUUAAAGCCAGGGGUGUCUCCUGAGAGCUAAGACUUGUGACAAAAUAGAUGUCUGAACAGUCACCGUGGACCAGCUUGUAAGAAUGUUCCCUGACGAAGAACCCUGCAUGCGCAUAAAAAUGGGAAAGGCAAACUAACAUAGUAUCUUUCCAGCUGUUUGAAGUUAUUUGUUAUUUUUAACAUAUUUGUUCAUCGAAUAUUUUUCUGAUAUAAUAUUUGUAUCUUAGAAUAUUUUACAUAAAGAUAUUAGAAAAAAAAUCUUGGCCUCACACUUAGGUGGAGAGCUUGCACUAACUUGAGAGGUUUCUUCGUUACGAAGGGCAUCACCUCAAAGCUAUCAAAUUAGACUAAUUACGUUGUUGUGGAAUUUUAAGAUGGAAAUAUACUUACUUACCUCCUUGAAAAAAUCUCUAGCUAUCCCUCUGUAAUAAAUAAUUUCUUCACUACACAUGCAAAGGAAGUUAUAAAAUUUAGUAAUUCUGCGUCUGUUAGGCUUUCAAUUUUGCGAGGUACCUACUUAGAUUACAUGGAUAAAUUAGAGUCUCUGACACAUUAGUGAGCCUGUGAGAAUAACUUCCAGAGAUGCAAACUACAGCGCUUCCAAGAACUGGCUAACAACUUCUAUAUUUUUUCCCCCGGCUAUAUGGACGUUUUAUUAACAAACAAAAAUUUGUUCUAGUAAUUCACAAACUGCUUCCAAAACAAGAUUUAGAACUUGAUAAUUAAAAGAAGGAACAGAUAUAAAUAACACAAAUGUCUUCUCUGAUUUACCAUCAUUUACAAGACAAAACCACAUGGGGUAACUUUUAUAUUGCUUAGAGAUGCUGCACUCACUGAUGUAGAGUAUGCAGAAGAUUAAAGUGGAGUGAUUUCUUGA